ACAGUUCUGUCCGAAUCUGUUACUGUGAUUACCAAAAUUACAUGGAAUCUCAUCGAGCUGUAAACUGGAAGCACUCGAUUCUCUACCUCGCUUUUAUCUACGCCGUCCUCCGCCUUGUCCACACCAAUUUACUGCUCGACGAAAGCCCUAUUCACCACAAGAAAUGGCCCCAUCUUCCUCUCCGGUUCCGGCACGACGGCACUUUCAAGAUCCUUCAGGUCGCCGACAUGCAUUUCGGCGCCGGUCUCACCACCCGUUGUAGAGACGUGCUGCCUUCCCAGUUCCCUUACUGUACCGAUCUCAACACCACACGGUUUCUUAAGGCCUUGAUUCAACUUGAAAAUCCUGACUUUGUUGCCUUCACCGGAGACAACAUAUUUGGUUCAAGCACUUCUGAUGCUGCUGAAUCUCUACUAAAAGCCUUUCGUCCCGUAACGGAAUCCGGAGUCCCAUGGGCAGCUGUGUUAGGAAACCAUGACCAAGAAUCUACAAUGACUCGGGAAGAACUGAUGUUUUUCAUCUCUCUAAUGGAUUAUUCGCUCUCUCAAACUAAUCCGCCUUCCGAGGAUAUCGAUGGCUUUGGGAAUUAUGAUCUCAGUGUCUAUGGUGCUCCGGGUUCCCGUUUGGCAAACAGUAGUGUCCUCAACCUUUUCUUCCUCGAUAGUGGAGACAGGGAGACGGUUCAAGGAGUUCGAACGUAUGGAUGGAUCAAGGAAUCUCAACUUCGUUGGCUUCGCAGAGUUUCACAGGGACAUCAGGGACAGAAUCAGGACGUAUGUCAUGCAGCGAAAACUCGGCCUGCAGAUCCAUCACCAGCGCUGGCAUUUUUUCAUAUUCCGAUCCCAGAGGUUCGGCAGUUAUACAACCAAAAGAUUGUAGGCCAGUUUCGGGAGGCUGUGACUUAUUCAUUGGUAAACCCAGGGGUCUUAAACACUUUGGUCUCCAUAAAUGAUGUAAAGGCUGUGUUCAUAGGCCAUGAUCAUAAUAAUGACUUCUGUGGGAAUCUGGAGGGAAUAUGGUUUUGUUAUGGUGGAGGUUUUGGGUACCACGGCUACGGAAGGGCGGGCUUGCAUAGGAGAGCGAGAGUCAUAUUGGCUGAACUUAGGAAGGGCGAUAAGGAAUGGAUGGGACUCGAGAGGAUCAAGACAUGGAAGCGCCUAGACGACGAGAAUCUGAACAAGAUCGAUGAGCAAGUCCUGUGGGAGUCGUCGUCGCCAACUGGAUGAUUCUUUUUUUUUUCUUCGAGUUAUUGAGGUACUUCGUGUCUGUAACCAUAUCAUGUUGUAUAAUAUCUGCCACGGUUUUCUUUUCUAUUCAACUGCAUUUCGGACCGUACAUGUCCUGAGUUUUUCAGUGUAAUAUGAUAUACGAGUUGAUAUGUGAAAUGAAGGUUGAUUUCUCCA